ACAGGGAUCAUCGCAGCUUGGUAUGACGUAUGGCCAGAACGAGAACGUCAGAACUCCAUCAUUGCAUUUAAAUCCUCCCUUUCGGAUUCGAUUCAACAGACUCUACGUUGUAUGAAAGUUAACAGUUGAAUCGUAUCGGUGAUAAUCAUCUGAAUUUCCACAUUUUUGAUAAUCUACCCCUAUUCCUGCAUUGGCCUCCAAGCACUUCGCCAGACUCCAAGAUGGCGCACAUCUACAAUAGCCAAUUGGAUGCCUACUCCAUCUACCAUAUCGAGAAAGAAGACCCCAACUCCCUUUUCCACCAGCAGCAUCAUCACCACCAUGGAUCUCCCUCCAACGCCCUCCCCGCACUCGGCCACGCUAUCUCUGGUUCAACAGGAACGGCCAUCUCGAACCUCGUCACCUACCCCCUCGACCUAAUAAUUAAGCGUCUUCAAGUCCAGCGCAUCCAGCAAUCCACCGACUCCUCCUCCGAAGACACCUACGACGGCAUCCUCGACGCCGCCGAAAAGAUAUACGCGCGCGAUGGCUUCGCCGGUUUCUUCGCCGGCGCAAUCCCAGACACCGCCAAGAGCAUCGCAGACUCGUUUCUUUUCUUCCUCUUCUACAACUACAUACGCUCACACCGCCUCGACGCACACAGAAGUCACAAACUAAGCACCCUCGACGAACUCGCCGUCGGCGUCGCGGCCGGCGCCCUGAGCAAGCUAUUCACCACACCCCUAUCCAACAUCGCAACCCGCGCCCAGACCUCCCGCAGUGCAACUUCGGUGCAGGAUAUCGCGGAUCGCAUCCUCAAGGAGAAGGGCAUCCAAGGCUUCUGGGGUGGGUACUCCGCCAGUCUGGUGCUGACGCUCAACCCCUCCCUCACAUUCUUCUUCUUCGAGUCGCUGAAACGCCUACUGCCACGCUCCAACCGCGAUGAUCCAGGGGCGCGCCUGACGUUCCUCCCCGCUGCGCUCUCCAAGGCCGCCGCAUCAAGUAUCACAUACCCCUUCUCACUCGCCAAGUCGCGCUCACAAGUCUCCCCCGCACCAGCAGGUAACAAGUCCCGCGUCGAACUGAAGGAGGAGGCGAAAUCUGAUCUCCACAACGCUACGCACUCUACCAAAGCCGCCAAGGCAGGACGGAAGGACCACAAGCGCGCUGCUGGCUCGACGGUCUUCAGCACCGUGGCGCGAAUCUACCGCGAUGAGGGGCUGGAGGCGCUCUACGUUGGACUCGGGGGGGAGGUGCUCAAGGGCUUCUUCAGCCAUGGGAUUACGAUGCUUGUGAAGGAGCAGGUUCACGGGUGGGUCAUCAAGUUAUACUUUGCCCUUAUGAGCGCGUAUCGCAAGGUCGGGCUAGGAGAAGUAAAGAAGACGGACGCGUAUGAGCGCGCGGCGGAGCAGGCGAAGAAGUUAGCGAAGAAGAAGGACGCGUAUCAGCGCGCGGCGGAGAAGGUGAGGGGGUCGAAGACGGUAAGGGAGACGGCGCAGCCGCUGCUGGAUGGGGCGGUGGGGGUGGGGGUGGGGGUGGGGGUGGGGAAGAAGGUGGGGGUGGGGGUGGGGAAGAAGGUGGAGGGCGCGAAGUCGGUGGUUGCUGCGAAGGCGCAUAGUGUGCUUGACCAGGCGGUGAGGGGGACGAAGGAGCAGGUUAGUGGGGAGCGGGUUGGGAGUGAGCGGGUUGGGAGUGAGCGGGUUGGGAGGCGCGCGUUUAGACAAGAUGUAGAUUCGAAAGCAGCGGUAGAGUCGGAAAAGACGAGAAGGUAGAAGGAAGCAAAGAGGUUGUUAGAUAAGGUGGAGAGUAUGCGAGAGUUAGAUAUGUUUUAAGGAAAAGAAAGUUGGGGGUAUUGAAGGGGAGUAGUCGAGAGAAAGGGGGU